CGUGCGUGCGUAGUCUCUGCGUGGAGUGGACUACAUCUCCCAGCAUGCUCCCACAGUAGGUCCAGAUCUAAAAUGGCGGAGAAUUCAGUUGCUGUUGUUUCGGGAAGCAGUGGACAGAAGUCCUGUGUCCGUGGCAUCUCUACCCCUGCUGACAACUACUUACUGGCACGUAGGCGUACUCUUCAAGUGGUUGUUAGCUCCCUGCUUACUGAGGCUGGCUUUGAAAGUGCAGAGAAAGCAGUUGUGGAGACUCUCACUGAGAUGUUACAAAGCUACUUAUAUGAGAUUGGACGCAGUGCAAAGUCUUACUGUGAGCACACGGCUCGGACUCAGCCCUCAUUGCCGGAUAUUGUUGUGGCCCUGAUAGAGAUGGGUUUCAGCGUGGACACUUUGCCUGCCUAUGCUAAACGUUCCCAGAGGAUGGUGAUAACUGCGCCUCCUGUGACUAAUCAGCCAGUAACACCUAAAGCUCUGAGCGCAGGACAGAACAGACCACAUCCUUCCCACAUUCCAAGUCACCUCCCAGAAUUUCCAGACCCUCACUCUUAUAUAAAGACCCCAACAAGCCGAGAGCCACUGUGCGAUUACCAGGUCCUGCGGGAAAAGGCAGCAUCACAGCGAAGAGAUGUAGAGAGGGCGCUAACUCGAUUCAUGGCAAAAACUGGGGAGACGCAAACUCUUUUCAAAGACGACACUAGCACCUUCCCAUUGAUUGCAGCCAGGCCUCUUUCCAUUCCAUAUUUGAAUGCUCUCCUUCCAUCAGAGCUGGAGCUUCAGCAGGUAGAAGAGACAGAUUCAUCAGAGCAAGACGACCAGACGGACACAGAAAAUCUUUCUGUGCACUUGCAGCCGGAAGAAACAGGGGCAGAGAAGGAACAUUCUUCUGUUCUGCAGCAGAAUACGCUAAAGGGGGGAGAGGAGACCCUAAUAGAUAACCCAUACCUACGGCCAGUGAAAAAACCAAAGCUCAGACGCAAGAAGUAAAGAAAUGUGUUAGGGGAGCCACAAUUCCUUUCAUGGACAAAACUAUACAUUUACUUAAAUUCGUGGGAAAAAAAAUCUUCACCACCACCCAACCUGCAGCUUUUGUGGACAGUUAAUGCAUACUGGUUGUGAACAUUUUAAGGAUGACUAGUCCUCUCUGCAUUAGAAUUAUGUUUUUCUUUCGGUGCAGUGUAGAUUGUGGUACACUUGAUUAAUAAAGUGCACUAAAUUUUUUGGGGCAUGAUACAUUAACAGAUCAUAAGAUUACAGAGAUUACAGUGCACUGGAUAAACUGACACACAAAUAAAA